CAUCACUGGGGCCGUCCCAAGUUUGUUCACACAGUUUGUGUGUGUGUGUAUCUGCCGACUGGAGUGUGUAUCGGCGACUGGUUGGCCGAGGACUUGCUAAUCAGCAUCUUUUAUUACCGUUUAUGCCAGCUUUUGUUUACAGAGCAAAUCGCCUAAUUAUCGAAGGGGGCGUUUACAGCCCAAAGCAUUGAUGAAUCGAGUAUGGUAAUGACCGGUAGUAGCGGAGCUAGCCCACGUGACCGCGCGCACAAUUGACAUUAGCGACUGUUGCAACUCUGCGGACUUCAUACAGGUUCUGGCCACAGUCGAGGUGGGUGGGCCUUGAAUUCACGUUUUUUUUCCAGCCUGCCCCGGGAAUUGAUAUAUUUACGUUGCAGCACAUCUUGCCAGAAGUGGCUGAGCUCUCCUCACGAGUUUCACAGCUGUGGAGUGGACACUUAAAACAGGGUGACCCCCGCCGCACCAGCUCAGUCAGCAGGCCAACCCAGCACCAAUGCUUCUCGAGGCGGACGCCACCAGGCCUGUGCAUGCUGCUACGCCGGCAGAAAACCAAAACCACCAAGUGCAAACAAGACCGACGCAGUCCCACGCCACCCUUCCCCGGGAGAUGACCAGCCAGGGGAGCCAUCCACAGGGCAGCCCGGCCCAGGCCGACCCUGACGCCGCCAGGAGGGACGGCGACAGCCCGGGGAAGACCCACGAACUCGAGCCGGGCGACAAAGAGCUGGACGUGUCGGGUGACUCUGUGUCCGUGCACUCGGACGCGGAGAAUACAGACGUGGAAGACAAGAAUGGACAGUCUGUACGGAAGAAAUCCAACCUUGUGAAACCGCCGUACUCUUACAUAGCUCUCAUUACCAUGUCAAUUCUGCAGUCUCCGCAGAAGAAACUGACUCUCAGCCAGAUCUGUGAGUUUAUCAUGAACAGGUUUCCUUACUACAGGGAGCGGUUCCCGGUGUGGCAGAACUCCAUCCGACACAACCUCUCGCUGAACGACUGCUUCGUGAAGAUCCCGCGCGAGCCUGGCAACCCCGGCAAGGGCAACUACUGGACGCUGGACCCCGCCAGCGAGGACAUGUUCGACAACGGCAGUUUCCUGCGGCGCCGAAAACGGUUCAAGCGGCAGGCUCCGGACGUGUUACGGGAGCCCACGGCCUUCAUGGCGGCCACGGAUCCGUACAGACACCACCUGGGCCUGAUCCACCCGCACCACCACCCUCACCCAGCGGCGCUGCCCUACCACUACAUGUCCCCGCUGCCGCCGCCCGUCCCCCUGCCCCUCCCCCACGCGCCGACCGCCGCAGACUUCGCACGGACGCAGGCGCUGGCCGCGCAGAUCGCCGGGGGAGUCGGCGCCUUCGCCUCGGUGGGCGGGUUGACCCUGCCCGUCACCACCCCCGUCACGACGCACCGGCCGGCGGGGUUCUCCAUAGAAAACAUCAUCGGGAGCAGCGCUGCCAGCGACAAGACUGUCUCCACCACCUUCUCCAUCAGCACGACGGGAGCACCCGCGUUCCGCCCCACCGUGUCGGUCCCCGCCACCAUCCCGGUCUGCGCCACCGGACUCAGACCCCCGGACUCCUUACCGUUCGGCGGCGGGACCAGCGCCUUCACCUCCCCCCUCCACAUGGACCUGGAGAAGUACAGGCAAUGUCUGCAGUGCAAUGGCAGCGUCCCUUCCUGGCCGCACGUGCACUCGUGAUAGCUGCACCCUGGACUGACAGGACUAGUAGUGCUGGGAGCCUAACCUACGAGACAUGUAAGUCUCCGGUUUGAAACUUUGACAUACAUUCUUUCAAGACUUGGACACUACCACAGAGAGGUCUAGCAGAAGUUAGAAUUUUCCCCGUACCCAGGGGACUUUUUGACCACAUUACACGAACGUUACCUAUCCGUGUAUUAUAAAAAUUGUGUUAAAAAGUGAAAAUUAUCCCUUGUGGACCAGGCUUACAAAGUGAGUGAUUCCCACUCGGCCAGUGAAUCGUGUAUAAUGUGCUCUCUGUCAUUAAUUUGCGUAAUAUGUCGUAGCGUAACAGCAAGGCACUCUGUCAGAUUCUGAUGGCGUCAGUUUAUCUUCAUUAUGCCGAGUUCUGCUGUUGUACGAAGCCCAUAGAGGCCGGUGGUUCAUAUGAUCCAUUCUAAUAGAACUGAAAACAGAGAAUCCACGGGGCACCUACCAGCGCCCGUAAAUGUAUCUCUACCUAGAUUUAACUUCAACCAAAAAUUAUGAAUUAUUAGCAAUAAUAAGAGCUGGAAUCACUCUCAGCUUAGCCCUGAAAGCGUCUGUAUAUAAAUGUAGCAGAGUUUUUUCCCUCACUCUAAUUUAUUGUCGAAAUUCCAAGUGCAGUGAGCUUGUUGGGAAGUGUAGCAUAAGCGUACGUACCCCAUUUGUUUUCAUCUCGAUUCCACUUACUUGUCCAUUGUAGCGCCGUCUGUUCGUCUCAUGCUGUAAAAGCCAUAUGUACACUAUUUGGGGUCGACAUAAAACAGGCGUGCAUGCGCCGAUAAUUGAGAAAUAAUGGAUGUACACUGAAAUCUUAAGAAAUGAAUUUUCAUUGCCAAUUGAGAUGGAAUUAUGUACGUUGUUCUUAUUGUGUCACAUGGCACUCGUGGUAUGAAUCAAUGUAAAACGUGAUUUUUUGUAGACAGAAAUUAUAUAUUGUUUAUAUAUGUAUAUCAAUUGUCCAGUUCGAAAAAUAUAGCACUGUUCCAAGAUUUUUCAAAUCUC